AAUGAAACAUGAUUGUAUAUUUACUGCGGUGCUAACUUUCCAAGAUGUCGAAGUACAUCGCAAAGUUUGCGAGGUUCUCUCAAAUAAUCAAGGAACAUGGUGGACCCGUACCAGCAUUCAUUAAAAUUUACAAGAAUGAUGAGCUGAAAACCGGCAGACUUGUAGGGGAAGAUAAAUUUGGAAACAAAUAUUUUCAAAAUAACAUGUACUUCAUGGGGCGGAGUCGAUGGGUGGAAUACAGCCCAGCAGUCAACAUGGACUACGACGCCAGUCAGAUACCAGCAGAAUGGCACCGCUGGCUUCACUACAUCGGAGACGAACCCCCGACGGAACUCCCUCCCACUCAGAGGAAAUGGAUGUCCGACCACUCAGAGAACCUGUCUGCAACAUCAGACGAAUACGUUCCCUACAGUACAACUAAACCUAAAGUACAGGCUUGGUCACCGGCCAAGAAGUAAAUCUGACUUGUGUGGUAGAGAGGAUGUGUUGUGUAAAUUUCAGCUGUGGCAUGAACACGUUUCAUACAAAGAUGGAGAAAUUACAACUUUGAUCUCUGAGAUCGGUUGAUUUCUUCUGUGUAACAUAGAUUAUUUAAUAAAAUGUUCCAUUGUGUA